AUGUUACACAUAACAAGCAGUUCGUCGCCGGUCGGCUCAGCGGUGUUUUCGUGCAUCGUCCUUGUCGUCAUAUCCCUCGUCGUCCUCCUCAUUCUACGAUACUACCUCCCUCUGCGAACAACGCCAGCAUUCUAUCUCAUCCCCAUCUUCUUCGCCCUCUGGCUGCCAACAAUUGUCGUUAUCCUUGUCCCGAUCGAUCUUGCCUCGAGCGCAGUCACUGGAGAUGAAGCAACAAGAGGGAUAUGGCUUCCCGAGCGAGUCAUAUUGGUUUCAUGGCGCAUUUCGUACUGGCUGACAUUUGCCUUAACUUGGUUUAUACUCCCAAUAUUAGCCGAAUAUUCCGACUCAGGAUACAGAGAACCAUACGACAAAUUCAUGUACUCAGUUCGCAGCAAUGCGCAGUUUCACGCCAUUGUUUUGGGUUUCUCAUCUAUCGGCCUCGUGUACUUCUUCAUCAAGUUUGGUUUCAAAGUCGAAGCCAUCAAGGGCACGAUCAUGGCGCUUGCAUACUGCUGGGGAUUGAUACUCGCCAUUUAUCUGAUGGGUCACGGCCUGGUAUCGAUACCGAGGCGCCUCAUGCGCGGCGCAAGCAUCAGCGGACGACUCCGACGACUCCAAAGCAAGGCGCCCAAGGUUUACGAGGAGAUGGAGGAUUCAAUCGCCAAACUUGAAGAUAUUGAGGUACAGGUCACUGAACUUGGACGACGCAAGACGGGAAGCGCAAACGUAUACAGGGACUGGAUUGAGGAACUGCAGGAAAUGGCAAACGUUCCCGAAUCUCAACCGCGAAGCACACGAUUCGGUGGAGGCUCUGACACCACUAUUAUUCCGCAUGUCAUCACUGAAAAGUACCUCGCCGAUCUCACUAGGAAGUACGUGCGCGCCAAACACGCUCGGUCGCGAUAUGUCAACACCUGGAGCGACCUCGUUCAAGAAGCGACCGAAACACAAGCAAUUCUGGAUUCUGCAGCAUCGAAAAAACUCGACUUUGGCGAUGUAUCACCCCACGCAACCUUUUGGGAAAGGACGGUCAUUUUGACGCCAUACACACGAUAUCUCUAUUACUACCAGGUUUUGCCUUAUGCCCAAGUCCUUCUUGGCCUAUUCUUGGCGGCGGCAUCUGCUUGUAUUGUUUGGUCCGAGGUUGUUAAGGUUGCGUUCCCCAAGCUGUCGGUCAUUAGAUUAACAGUGGUCCACCACUGGGUUGGCGAUAAGCCUGAAGUUGGUUUCGCUGGCCAGGCCAUCUCCUCCCUAUGGAUUUGCUACAUGUGUGCAGCUGCCUUGACAUCAAUGACAGAAGUCAAAGUCUGGCGCGGCCGAGCGCUUGUCCGUCGCAACACAGCUCAUGAGUCGGCUUUCUGGUAUGCCAUGCAAGUGGCCAAACUCACCAUUCCCAUUUCUUACAAUUUCAUUACCUUCCUGUCAAGCCAGGUCUACAAGAAGACGGUGUUCUACCACUUCCUCGGACAGUUGAUCGACUUUACACCAUUGGGUCAUUGGUUUGACGACCUCUUCCCUGUUGUCGUGCUUUUCCCUGUGUUUGCCACCUUGUUUGGCAUCUAUGGCCGGGUCAAGCGAAUCUUUGUUGGCAUGGAUGUCAUUGACGACGAGGAAGAAACUGGAAUUACUUAUGGCACUGGAUCCUGGCGUGAAGGCAGAGACCUCAUCUCUCGUGAACUCGGAGGAAGCACACUGUUCCAUCGCAGGGAGGAUGCUCUUUCUAGGAUAGGCGGAGCUGGAACAACUGGUGGCAGAUCGGCGCCCGUUCUGUCAAUACCUUCAGCUCGCGGUGCGGCCUCUUCGCCUGCUCGGUCGCCCGCUCGACCCUCAACGACGAGCUCACGUCGUGGCCCAGAACAUCGCUAUGGCCCCAAUUGGAACGAUGAAGAACCAGAAGAUGACAAUCUUUUUGCAAUCAUUGGUCACCGCAUGAAGAACACCAUGGACGGCAUUGAGGCUCCCAAGUGGUUCAGCGACAUCAAGAAGCCAAAAUGGAUGGGCGGCGAUGACAACGAUGCGGGUCCCGGACCAUCCAGCUCCGGACCUGAUUUCCGUAGGUGGUUUGGUGGUUCUGGUGAUGGUCAAAUUCACAUCUAA